AAUUGAUUCUUUUCGACCAGAUAUCAAAUCUAAUAGUUUUCAACGACCAAGAUCAGAAAUGAAUAUAGCAAGUGGUAUUCCUAAGUUUUUUCCACUGGCAAUGAUACAACAAGAGGGUAAUCCAUAUGUUCGAGAUGAUACUAUGUUUAUUAAAAUCAUGGUUGGCUUUGGUGAUAUGCCAAAAACAUUAUUAUCACAUGCAUUAAGUCUUAAUCCUGGACUACCAAUGCAUAUUCAACAAAAUAAGAUUAAAGACGAACAUAAGAAGCGGCUUUUGAACAAACGAAAGGCGUCUGAAGCUUGGAAUCGUGUGCUAUGUAUACAGAAAGAAAAACAUUUUAAAGCCACUUAA